ACAGCGGCAACAUCGCGGACCACAACGACAUCAACACUACCACCAUUACGAGCACCUAGGACGCACUCGAGUCAACUACGCGAGGACACACGCCCUCCAUAAGCGGUCCCGAUCCAACGCGCAACCACACCCACAACCUACCUCGUCGUCGAAUUUGCCUCUCGGCCUACCUAUACCUACAUCCAACGAAACACCUCGAACAUAAUCCGUAUACCACCUGCACGAAAACCCCCCUCCACCGCCCAAAAAUGCGCUUCACCAACCCCAAACACUCCCUCUCAACCCUCGACCCCUCAGGCGAAUCGCCCGUCUCCCUCCUCCCCACCACGCCCGAAGACAUGUGGCACGCGCACAACCUCAUCGCGCCCUCGGACCUCUUGCGCGCGCACGCCAUCCGCAAAGUCGUAACCACGGGCUCCACCGGCUCAACGACGUCGGACCGCGUCCACACCGACCUGACGAUCCGCGUGCAAUCCGUCUUCUUCGACCCCGCCGCUUCGAGUCUACACGUCUCCGGCACCGUCUGCCAAGAGAACCAAUACGUUAGUUUGGGACAGCACCACACUCUCGACCUCGAACUCAACCGGCCGUUUCAGCUGUGGAAGCGCAGCGGGUGGGAUUCGGUCGCCCUCAAGAUGCUGGAGGAGGCGGUGGCGGAGGAUACCGGCGAAGCCAUGUGCGCGGUGGUGAUGCAGGAGGGCUUGGCGAAUAUCUGUCUGAUUACCGAGUUCCAGACGGUCGUCAAGCAAAGGGUUGAAUCGAAUAUCCCGAAGAAGAGGGCGGGCGGAUCGGCGAGCCAGGGCGGCAUGACGAGCUUUUACGAAAAGACUUUGUCUACGCUGCUCAGGACUGUCGAUUUCAGCACGCCGCGGCCGUUGUUGUUGGCGAGUCCCGGGUUUGUGGCGCAGGAUUUUAGGGGGUAUAUGCAGAGUGAGGGGCAGAAGAGGACGGAUAAGAAGUUGCAGAGGAUAGCGAAGGAUGCGGUGGUUGUCCACAGCAGCACGGGGUAUGUGCAUUCCCUCAAUGAGGUCUUGAAGAGUCCGGAGGUGCAGGCGACGAUGAGGGAUAAGCGGUUCACGGGCGAGACGUCGUUGAUGGAUCAGUUGUAUGAUCGGCUGAGGAACGAUGAUGGGAGGGCGUGGUACGGCGCGAAACCGGUGGAGAGGGCGGUGAAGGAGGGUGCGGUGGGUCGGGGAGGGGGUGUCCUGUUGAUCAAUAACAAGUUUUUCAGGAGUCUGGAUAUCAAGACGAGGAAGAGGUUUGUGGCACUGGUGGAUAAGGUCAAGGAGGAUGGAGGGGAGGCGAGGGUGUUGAGCAGUGAUCACGAGAGUGGGCAGAGACUGGAUGCUUUGGGUGGGAUUGCUGCGAUUCUCACGUAUCCGAUUUAUGAUUUGGAUGAGGACGAGGUGGAGGAGAGCGAAGGAGUAGAGGGAGGGAAUGAGGCAGCCGAGGAGGGAGCUAUGAUUAUAUGAGAGAUGGUCGGGUGGUUGUUUUACAGGUUUGCAGCGGGAUAUUGUUUUUACCAUUGUUUACUACAAAGACAUGGCGAUGCAAAGCUUUGGUGUUUUGCUGCCACUCUCCGCUUCUCGGACUGGACCUCCAAAUUUUUUAAGACACGACCGACGUCAUUUCCAAACAAUUGGCAUGUGCUUUGAAAACAAAGUGGGGCAAAUGAGCGAUGCAAUUCUGAUUGGAGCGCAUUGCCGCUGGUUCAUUGUCGAGAUGCCUUCAUCGUCACAAU